AUGAGGUAUCUUCCAGCUGUGUCUGAUCAAAGGGUAGUACACGAAGAAGGCCCUGGCUUAACAGUCGACGCGUUUGAUGACGACACUUCUACUAUGCACAACCUGGUUGGUGGACGCCAGUACAUAGUGUUUCCAGGGAGAUAUCUUUACACUCAGAGGCUGAAAGAUGCAAAUGUCGAUGAUCAGAUUGUUCUUAAUAAAGUGUUGCUUGUUGGCACAAAGACACACACUUACAUCGGCAAACCAGUUGUGACCAAUGCCACUGUACAUGCCGUAGUGGAAAAUCAGGGUCUGGAUGAUAAGGUGGUUGUCUUCAAGUACAAGCCUAAGAAGAAGUACCGAAGAUAUAUUGGUCACCGACAGCCAAAUACAAGGAUUAGAAUCACAUGGAUCACAGGGUAUGAAGAGUAUCCAGCGGCGCCCAAUGUUGCGGUUUAAUUCUAUUGUGAAAGUAUAGGAUC